UUGGCGAUGUGAUCACCCCUUCGGAUCCCGUGACUUUAGUCUCCAAGAAGAAGAAAAAGGUACCUGAUACUGAAGCUAGGUCUUCGCCUCAGAAAAAGGCCAGGCUUGCAGCACCUAGGACUGAGGUUUUGAUCAAGGAUGCUGAGAAAGAAACACCUCCUGCCAAGGCGAGUGAGAAUCAAGUUCUUGAGAAGCAAAGUAAUGAUGAUAGGAAUUGGAAGCAUCUCCAGAGAAAACCUCAUCCUGGGCCACUGAGGAUUCAUCCAAUCCUUGAUGAUGUUAGUUCUUCAAAUCAUGUUUCUUUAUCUAGCUCAAGUGAAGGAGAAACUGAUGAUCAUGACACCGUCGCGGGGUUAAUGGCAAAAGCUGCCCCGAGUAAUUGCAAAGAAGUUCCAACCAAUAAGAUACCGAAAUCCCCUCAUGCAAAACCGGCUAUAUCCGUUUUCCAAGCAGAGAACUACUUCUUUACUUUGUAUAAGCGGUUCGUCAUUGAAACUUGGGGCGGUAUUCAAGAGAAGUUAAAAAAAGCUACAGCAGAGAACGUUUCUUCUCUUCGAGAGGAUGUUCAGAGUUGUGUUAUCCUGAUGGAGAAGGACGGUAUUGACCUUUCCAUGUUGAAGACAAGAGUGAAGAAUUUUUUUGAGAGAGCACAAGCAUUUGAUCAAAAGUGCUCGAUUGUUGCUGACAGGGUCACUACGGAGAAGCAGUCUCGGGAAUUGGCUAUGUCGCAAGCUUUUUGUGCAGAUAUUAAAGCUAAGAGAUCUCAAAAUCAAGUCGCAUUACUUGAUGAUGAGAAAUCUCUUAAUGAAAUAAAAAAGAAGAUAGCCUUAUUGGAAGCUGAAGCUAAGGAAGUAGAAGUUUUGAUUUCCCAGCAUCAUGCAGAGGCUAGUGACUUGGAUGCAGCUCUUACGAAGGCCAAGGAGGAAUCUUCACGGAUUUUGAAGACUAUCGAAGCAUCAGACGAAGAUCAACUUGCUUUAAGUACCCAGAGGAAGGAGCUAGAGGCUUUGAAGGAUGACUUAGUCAGCUUUAAAUUGUUUUUAGACUGAGUUUGUUUUUACUUGUUUAUAGAUUAGCUUUUUAGUCGGCCAACACUUUCCUUCUUUUCUUUUCAUCAAACUAU